CCCGCUGCUGCCUCAGAAGGGCCCCCGGAGCUGAGUAUGGAGUGGGCUGAUGGUUGUGUUUGGCUACAAAAUGGGAAGAAUAAUAAUCGUACGGAACGUGAGCUGUGUCUCCAGCCUGGAUCUGCCUUAACGGGAUAUCAAUGAGAGACCCUGCGUCCCCGCAUCACAUCAUGGGCAGCUUCAGAUCCGGCGUCUUUGCACUAUCGUUUGUCGUUCUGCUUCUGGACUAUUUUGCACCUGCACAAGCAGCGUCCAAAGCAAUCGUCUGCCAAGAGAUAACGGUGCCCAUGUGCAAGGGCAUCGGCUACAAUCACACCUACAUGCCAAACCAGUUUAAUCACGACACGCAAGAUGAAGCAGGAAUGGAAGUGCACCAGUUUUGGCCUUUGGUUGUGAUCCAGUGUUCACUUGAUUUAAAGUUUUUCCUGUGUAGCAUGUAUACACCUAUCUGCCUGCCCGACUAUAGGAAGCCUCUCCCUCCCUGCAGAUCGGUGUGUGAGAGAGCUAAAGCCGGAUGUUCUCCUCUCAUGAGAAAGUAUGGAUUUGCUUGGCCGGAGAGAAUGAACUGUGACCGAUUGCCAGAGCAUGGUGACCCGGAUACACUCUGCAUGUACUAUAACUGGACUGAGACCACCACCACUCUGCCACCCACACACCCGCCAAAAGUAAAAACACCUACUAGUGACUGUGAUGGCGUCUGCAAAUGCAGGGAACCUUUUGUGUCCAUAACUAGAGAAUCCCACCCGCUCUACAACAGAAUCAAAACCGGGCAGGUACCUAACUGUGCUAUGCCAUGUUUCCAGCCCUACUUCACGCAGGAUGAAAAGAUGUUUGUGACUUUCUGGAUUGGGCUGUGGUCCAUUUUGUGUUUCAUCUCAACCUUUACUACAGUGGCCACUUUUCUGAUUGACAUGGAGCGUUUUAGGUACCCAGAGCGUCCGAUUAUUUUCUUAUCAGCUUGCUAUCUGUUUGUGUCCAUUGGCUACGUUGUCAGACUUAUAGUGGGCCAUGAAAACGUGGCCUGCAACAAAGAUCACAUUCACUAUGAGACCACAGGACCUGCUCUGUGCACAAUUGUCUUUUUACUGAUCUAUUUUUUUGGAAUGGCCAGCUCUAUCUGGUGGGUAAUCUUAACAUUCACGUGGUUCUUGGCUGCGGGCAUGAAGUGGGGAAACGAGGCCAUCGCUAGCUAUUCUCAGUAUUUUCACAUGGCUGCUUGGUUGAUACCCAGUGUUAAAUCCAUAGCUGUCCUAGCUUUAAGCUCAGUUGAUGGAGACCCAGUGGCUGGGAUCUGCUACGUUGGAAACCAAAACCUUGACAACCUUCGUGGUUUUGUGCUGGCUCCUUUAGUGGUGUAUCUUUUUUCUGGCACCAUGUUUCUCCUAGCUGGAUUUGUCUCUCUCUUCAGAAUCAGGAGUGUUAUAAAACAAGGUGGCACCAAAACAGACAAACUGGAAAAACUGAUGAUCAGGAUAGGUAUCUUUUCUGUACUUUAUACCGUGCCAGCUACCAUUGUCGUUGCUUGUUAUAUAUAUGAGCAGCAUUAUAGAGAACAUUGGGAAAAGACCCACAACUGCUCCUGUCCAGGGGAUAAACAGAGGUACAGGCCUGAUUAUGCAGUCUUUAUGCUCAAAUACUUGAUGUGCCUAGUGGUUGGAAUAACCUCAGGUGUAUGGAUAUGGUCUGGAAAAACUCUGGAAUCCUGGAAAAGGUUCACAGGUAGAUGUUGUAGGAACAGCAAACCCAUUAAUGCCUCGGCGUACAGUGAGGCCAGCAGAGCUCUAACACCAAGGACUGGCUUGUCAAACUUAACUUUGCCCCACAAGCAAGUGCCACUGUCCCACGUGUAAAUGUUCUCUAUUUACUUACCAACUCAGACACCGUGAAAACAUCUCUUGUGCUUUCUGAUUGUUUAUUUGCAGCCACUGCUGUUCUCUGUGUGGUUUAACACAUUCACAUGUAGAAUGGGGUAACAUAUUAGCACAUAUGGAAGAUUCUACCAUUGAAAUUCCUUAUUUCUGUAAGUCUUUAUUGGACAAGAGGCUUGCAAUCGUGUUGCCAGCCUCUCAUAGUGGUGGUCUAAUGCACAUUCAUGGGAGGGAAUAUGGACAACCCAACAAUCCUGAUAUCUUGUUUAUCAAGACGACAGGUUUAAUCCAAUCCAAUUGACCAUUUACAUUUAGAAUGUAAAUAUUUAACAUUUUAAAAUUCUGUUUCAGAAUAUGCUGUAUAUGUAUUAAUGCCAGUUUGCUAUGGCAGUUUAAUGUAUCAGGGUGUAUGGCUACUGUAUGAUUUUGAAUGGGGAAAUACAUUUUUUAUGACAUUAAAUGUUUCAAAAAUGUACA